CUGCCGCUUCCGGCGCGCCGCUAGGGCAGCCGGGACGGGUCUCCUUGGCGAUCCUGGGUGUGCUGUUGCCGUUGCCGCCUCCGGUGCCGUUCUCGGGCUCCCGGGGCUGGAUCCUCCGGGGCCCUCGCAGCGCUGGUGACGAGCCUGCGGGACGAAGCUUUGCUCCACAUCGCGGCUCCGAGGAGGGGAGCGAGGGGGCUGCCGCGACUCCGCGCCGUGUGUUGCUGGGCGGCGCCGCGGCGCCGGGGCUGCUCUAGAGCCCGGGAUGCGCGCGCGGGCGCUCGCCACCACUUCCUCGUUGCCGCCGUCGUGCCUGGGGCCGCCUCUCACAGGCAGCGGGGAGCGCGAGUGCGCCGCGCGGCCGGGCGCCCCGGGGAAUGUGAGUCGCCCGGUUCGCACGGCCCUGCGGCCAUGGAUGCAUCAUGUGAUGGUACUGAGGUAACUGUCGUGAUGGAAGAAAUUGAAGAAGCCUACUGUUAUACCUCCCCUGGGCCACCCAAGAAGAAGAAAAAGUAUAAAAUACAUGGAGAAAAGGCCAAGAAACCCAGGUCGGCUUACCUUCUGUACUAUUACGACAUCUACCUGAAAGUGCAGCAGGAGCUCCCCCACCUCCCGCAGUCUGAGAUCAACAAGAAGAUUAGCGAGAGUUGGAGGCUUCUUAGUGUAGCUGAGAGAAGUUACUACUUGGAGAAAGCCAAACUAGAGAAAGAAGGUUUGGAUCCUAACUCUAAGCUCUCUGCACUGACUGCUGUGGUUCCGGACAUCCCAGGUUUCCGCAAGAUCCUCCCCCGUUCAGAUUACAUCAUCAUUCCCAAGAACAGCCUGCAGGAGGAUCAGAGCUGCCCUCAGCUAGAGCUGUGUGUGGCCCAGAACCAGAUGUCCCCAAAAGGACCAUCUCUUGUGUCCAACCCUGCCCCGGAGACAGUGCCCAGCCAUGCAGGCUUGGCAGAGCAAUGCCUGGCUGUGGAGGCUCUUGCUGAGGAGGUGGGAGCCCUUGCCCAGCCAGGUGCUGUACAGGAGAUCACCACCUCAGAGAUUCUCAGCCAGGAUGUGCUCCUGGAGGAAGCCUCCUUGGAGGUGGGAGAGAGCCACCAACCUUACCAGACAAGCCUGGUGAUUGAGGAGACCUUAGUGAAUGGUUCACCAGACCUCCCCACUGGAGGCUUGGCUAUGCCCCAUCCCCAGGUUGGGGAGAGCAUGUCAGUGGUAACAGUCAUGAGGGAUUCCAGUGAGAGUAGUCCCUCUGCACCAGCCACACAGUUCAUCGUGUUGCCUCUUCCUGCCUACUCGGUUGUGGAGAACCCCACCUCCAUCAAACUGACCACUACUUACACCCGCCGUGGCCAUGGUACAUGCACCAGCCCAGGUUGCUCCUUUACAUAUGUCACCAGGCACAAACCACCUAAGUGCCCUACCUGUGGUAACUUCCUAGGAGGGAAAUGGAUCCCAAAGGAAAAGCCAGCCAAAGUCAAAGUGGAAUUGGCUUCUGGUGUCUCCUCCAAAGGCUCUGUGGUUAAAAGAAGUCAGCAACCUGUCAACACUGAGCAAAAUUCCCCUAAGGAAAAUGCCUCCAAACUGACUCUGGAGAACUCAGAAGCUGUAAGCCAGCUCCUAAGUGUAGCUCCUCCAAGAGCAGUGGGUGAGGAGAGUGAGUGGGAGGAAGUGAUCAUCUCAGAUGCCCAUGUUUUGGUCAAGGAAUCUUCUGGGAGUCGUGGUACAGCAGCCACUAAGACACCGGUGGUCAAGCAUGGUGUGCAGCCUGAGGUCUCUCUGGGGACAACUGCGAAUGACAGUACUGGACCAGAUACAUCACUGCCAGCCGAGGGGACCAGCACCUCCAGUCUACUCUCUGCUUCUAAAAAACCUACAGGAGUUGACCUGCUCACCCAUGGGCCCAGAGCUUCAGAGCUUAAAGGCAGAGCGCGGGGCAAGUCCUCCUUACUGGCUGCAGCAAGACCCAUGAGAGCAAUUCUCCCGGCCCCAGCUAAUUUGGGCCGAGGCAGUAAUGUGGGACUGCCUCGGACCAGGCAGGCCAUUCCCCUGAGCGAUAAGACUUCCUCUGUGAGGACUUGUGGCCUGAAGCCAAGCACACUGAAGCAGCUGGGCCAGCCCAUGCAACAGCCAUCUAACAAUGCUGAGAUGAAGUUACUCAGUGGUGCAGCCAACAGGACGUCGCAGGUGAAAGUUGUGGAGGUCAAGCCUGAUAUGUUUCCUCCUUAUAAGUACAGCUGCACUGUCACACUGGAUUUGGGCCUGGCUACCUCAAGAGGCCGGGGAAAGUGCAAGAAUCCCUCUUGUAGCUACGUCUACACCAACCGGCAUAAACCGCGGAUUUGUCCCAGCUGUGGUUUUAACCUCACCAAAGACCGGACUGAGAAAACCACCAAGGCUCUCGAGGUGAGCUCACCACUCUCCGAAGUGCUGAGUGCCACGGAGCCCCUGAGCAUGGCCCAGAGGGAGAUCCAGCGCCAGUCCACACUGCAGCUGCUGCGCAAAGUCCUGCAGAUUCCUGAGAAUGAGUCAGAGUUGGCUGAGGUCUUUGCCCUGAUUCAUGAACUCAACAGUUCUCGACUUAUCCUGUCCAACGUGAGUGAGGAGACAGUCACCAUCGAGCAAACCUCUUGGUCAAAUUAUUAUGAGUCUCCGUCCACGCAGUGCCUUCUCUGUAGCAGCUCAUUAUUCAAAGGGGGACAAAACUCCCUGGCUGGGCCCCAGGAGUGCUGGCUGCUAACAGCCAGCCGGCUGCAGGUGGUGACUGCCCAGGUGAAGAUGUGUCUGAAUCCCCACUGUCUGGCCCUGCACAGUUUCAUGGACAUCUAUACAGGUCUCUUUAAUGUGGGGAACAAGCUGCUAGUGAGCCUUGAUUUGCUUUUUGCAAUCAGAAACCAGAUCAAGCUGGGAGAGGACCCCAGAAUGUCCAUAAGCACUGUUCUGAAGUCAGUGCAGGAGCAAACAGAGAAGACUCUGACCUUGGAGGAGCUGAACCAGCUGCAGGAGCUGCUGUGCAAUGGGUAUUGGGCUUUCGAGUGCCUGACUGUCCGAGACUACAAUGACAUGAUCUGUGGCAUCUGUGGUGUGGCCCCCAAAGUGGAAAUGGCCCAGAGGAGUGAAGAAAAUGUGCUGGCACUGAAGAGUGUGGAGUUCACCUGGCCUGAGUUCCUGGGCCCUACUGAGGUAAACGUGGAGGACUUUUGGGCCACAAUGGAGACAGAAGUGAUUGAGCAGGUGGCCUUCCCUGCUAGCAUCCCUAUCACCAAGUUUGAUGCCUCUGUUAUUGCCCCGUUCUUCCCACCACUCAUGAGAGGAGCUAUGGUCGUCAACACAGAGAAAGACAAAAACCUGGAUGUGCAGCCAGUACCUGGCAAUGGCAGUGCCUUGGUGAGGCUGCUCCAGGAAGGCACCUGCCAGCUCGGGGAGAUUGGCUCCUACAGUGAGGAGGAGCUGCAGCACCUGCUGAGGCAGUGUGGUGUCCCCUUCAGGGUGGAGGACUCCAAGGACCAGCUCUGCUUCUCCUUGUUGGCUCUCUAUAAAUCUGUACAGAAUGGAGCCAGAGCUAGACAGCCCCCACCUCAUCUUACAGGGGGUAAAAUCUAUAAGAUGUGCCCCCAUCAGGUGGUCUGUGGCUCCAAGUACCUCGUGCGGGGCGAGAGUGCCCGGGACCACGUGGAUCUGCUUGUCUCUUCACGCCAUUGGCCUCCUGUCUAUGUGGUAGACAUGGCCACACCAGUGGCCCUCUGUGCUGACCUCUGCUACCCAGAGCUCACUGACCAGAUGUGGGGAAGAAACCAGGGCUGUUUCUCUAGCCCCAUGGAGCCGCCCAUGAGCAUGUCCUGCCCGGAACUCCUGGACCAGCAUUAUGCCGUGGACAUGACAGAGGCUGUGCACUCUUUCCAGCACCCGGUCACCAAGACUGCCACACGGCGCAUUGUCCAUGCAGGCACACAGCCCAGUGCUGGUGACCCCAGUGCUGGGCACCACUCCUUGGCCCUGUGCCCUGAGUUGGCACCCUAUGCAACCAUCCUGGCCUCCAUUGCAGACAGCAAACCGAACAGCGUCCGCCAGCAGCCCAUUUCCUUUGACAAUGCCACCCACUAUUACCUCUACAAUCGCCUCAUGGACUUCCUCACCAGCCGCGAGAUUGUCAACCAGCAGAUCCACGACAUUGUGCAGAGCUGCCAGCCUGGAGAGGUGGUCAUCCGCGACACUCUCUACCGCCUUGGGGUUGCUCAGAUCAAGACAGAGGCAGAGGAGGAGGGUGAGGAGGAGGAGGUGGCCGCAGUGGCAGAAUAAACCUGGCUCUUGUACAGGGACUGCACUGUCUCAAGCCAUAGUGAGGCCCUUCCCUGGGGCGGAUUCAUCCAGGGGACAGGUGGGAGCCUUCGCCUGUAGAGGUGGGAAGGCCUCUGAUGCUGGGACUUACCAAAGAGCUUCCAUUUCCUGAGCACAGGGGCCCCAGGGCCCUUGGUUUUCAACCUCCUCGGGUCAGGAGAGACACCAGGACACUCUUAAUAGCCCUGAGAAAGCACGUGGGGGAUGUGUGUUUAACAAAGGGAAAGGGAGGCUGAGGGAAGACUGGUAGCUGGUGGUAUCCCUGGGGUCUGCUGCAGGUGAGUGUUGAGGUCCUAGGGUAGGCUACAGUGGAGCUGGCACUAGGUGGGAAGGCCACUGAGGUGUCUCUUCCCACCCAUGAAGAAUGAUGGAUGUCUCAACCCCCAUAGCCGCCCAAGUUCUUAGCCUAUUGCCUUUGACUCAGGGCCUUAGGGGCCUCAUUAACUCUAGGUGUCCCUUUGGGCUCUUGGUUGUCUCAGAGGAGGAAUGCAUUUCCCUCCUGCUCUUCCUGCACCCACAUCUGGGGAAAGCUGAGGAGGGAGAAAUAGCUGCAGCUCUCUUCCAGGACUGCUUCUCUGCCCUGAGCUUUGAGGAAGAGGACCCCCUUCCUCCUUUCCCUGGCCACUGCUGCUGCAUUCUACAUCCUCUCUGGGCCCUGGACCCUCCCCACAGAGGGGAUGUGGCCCAGGGGCAUGACGUAACCUGGCAGCAGUAGGAAAAACUCCCUUCUGUGAAGGGGAAGCAGACUGGGCCAUAAUGACACAGCAGGACUGGCUCGAGUGCCCAAGGUUUGCUUAGGGCCCAGGAAUUGGCCAUGUGUUACUUAAUUUAUUGAGAGGAGUGGAGUAGGUGGCUUUUUUCCCCUCCCUCUUCCCCCAACAAAAAUAAAAUUUAUUAAAUUAUCUGGUUUUGAUGAA